AUGGAGUCUCGCCAGGGCUGCUGCCACAUUUUCACCAGGAUGCUGUGUCUAGGAGCUAAUGAAGACCAGGAACAACAGCAUGGUGGGAAUGCAGUGGUCCUGAAGGCUGGAGAGGAAGGAGGCAAGAAAGGGCUUUUACAGAGCAAAAUUGCUCAGGGUGAGCUUGAUCAGGGCGAACUUGCUCUGGGCGAACUUGCCCCAAGGAAGCCUGCUCAAGAAGAGCUUGCUCAGUCCGGUCUUACUCAGGAAGCCACAGGAGUGGUAGAGGCGGGAGAAAAUGAAGAAGAAGAAAGGAAAGGAAAACACGCUGACGAUGUCAGUUCUGGCCCCAUGGACAAGGGAAUCCAGUCGGAAGGUGGCCAUGACACCAGUGUUAAACAGCAGCCUCAGCAAGAGGCAGCAAUGCCUGAGGGCACCAACAGUCUCCAGGCUGGGGACAACUUGUUUUUCCAGAGCCAAACCAGAUUCACCCAGUCUCAGCUGCAGGACCUGGAGCGUCUUUUCGAAGAGAAUCGCUUCCCCAGCUUUCAAGUAAGGUAA